GGGAGUGUUGACACCAGCAAAGCAUCCAGUUAGCUUCUAAAAUUUUAAACAAUUAAACUAAAAGUUGGUAUCUCAUUAUAUUUACAAUUUAGAGCAGAAAGGACUUUAUAGAUGACCUAGCCCAAACCCCUUUUCUGAUAGAGAUGGCAGUAUCCCAACUGGUGAAGUGACUGGCCCACAGUCAUGCAUCUAGCAAAGGAGAUUCAGGACUGUCAUGGGCUAAAUUGUGUCCUCCCCCAACUCCCAAAUUCAUAUAGUGAUACCGAUACCCUAACUUCCUGAGCAUCUGAAUGUGACUGUAUCAGGAGAUAGGGUCUUUACAGAGAUGAUUAAGUCAAAAUGGUGUUAAUAGGGUGAGCCUUAAUCCAAUGUGACUGGUGACAUUUUAAGAAGAGGAAAUUUGGUAUAUACAACUUCCAGAGCUCUUGUAUUUGGAAGGUUGGAAGGGUCCAGACUUUGGAAGAGUGUCUUGGCUUCACUGUUUUUGUUUUUUUUUUUUGUUUUUUUUUUUUUUUUUUGCUUUUUUUUUUAACUAAAGCUAUAUAAAGCUUGUAGAUUAGACAGUAUAAAUUUCCAAAUUAAAAAGAAAAGAGGAAAUUUGGACACACAUACAAACAGAGGAAGAUAAUGUGAAGACACAUGGAAAAGAAGGCCAUCUACAAGCCUGAACAGAUCCUGCCCUCGUGGUCCUCAGAAGGAACCAGUCCAGAUGGCACCUUGAUAUCAGACUUCUAGCCCCCAAAACUGUAGCCACCCAGUUGGCAGUCCUAAGAAUUUAAUAUAAGGAAUGAACUAUAGUCUCUUGAUUCUCUUGGAUUCUUGAUUUGUGAGACAUUAGUGGUACAUAUAAACUUGGGAUCCCUCACAGUUGAGCCCAAGAAUUUCCCGUCUUGGAUGAUCACUGAGCUAAAUAGGCAAGAGAUUUCCCAUGGUCUUCAGAACUAGAAUUAGCAGGUGCCAAGAUGAACUAGAGCUACUUCUUUCCAGACUUAUUGGUCCUGCUAGGCUGGGUUGAAAUCUCACCACCCUCUACUGCUGAGGACAAAAAUGGAGCAAGAAAUGAAGUUCCACUGACUAAUUCUGCUUGUCUGCUUGUAGACUUUCAGUUACUUAUCAACACUUGAGGAAAAAGAAAUUCUAAAAGACUAAUAGUUUAUUAUUAAAUAGCUUAAAAUUUCCAAUAAGAUAAUGCAUCUCUAAUAUAUCUGUGUAAAAAACAGGGAUAUAGUGAUGCCAUCUUGUCCUACUACAUUAUUGAAAACCUGAAAUAGAAGUAAAAUAAAUUUUUCUACAUGAAAGAGAUAAGCAAAGAUCCCAUUCGUUUGUAUGUUUUUCAAAAUGUGUACAUAAAAAUACACAUGGUAAUCUUAUCCCAGGGAUGUCCUUUCUUUCUUAAAGCCAAUCUCUGGAAAGUCCAGGACAGAGGUAGUUGAAGCAACAGUUGCAAGUUACUGUUUAGAUCCAUGACUGGCCAAGCCAUAAAUAAAACAAAAUGAAUGAGCCUAGGAAAUUCCAUCUGAAAUUACAUUUUGAGUUUAGUGCUAGAGUUAGAAAAAUAGUUCUCAAGACCCUGACAGACAUCAGAAUCCUGUAGUGAUGCAUUAUUUAUUAAAAAAUGCUAAGGCCCCCACAUAGACCUAAGGAAUCAGGAUCUCUGAGAAUGGGGAAGUACCCUUGGUGAUUUUGAUGCUCAUCACAGUUGCAGGGCAACUAGAUUAGAGGAAGCAGAGUCUGAGGUUAGCAGGUUACUACAUUUACAUGUGAAAAUAUAAGAGUUUUAUAGACUAACGGCAUCUGUGUUCAGCACUUGCAAAUCAGAAUUUGACUUCUCAUGAAGAAAUAAUGACCCUUCCAAAAAUAAGCUUGAAGAUAAGAGAAAUGACCUUUGGUAGAGGAAAUGGGUAAUGUAAGGGCUACAGAGUCCUAAAAUACAGCCCCAGAGCCCUUACAAGCCCAGAGGGGCCACGUGGGUCAUACAAGAAUAAAGCAACCUGGGAUAAGGGACUACAGAGAGAGGGAGGGGAUUGGGACCAGCUCUGCCUGUGGCCACUACCUAUGCGCAGUAUAGGCCCAGGGUUUUUUUGUAUAUUUUUAUUUGACAAAUAAAAAAAUUGUAUAUAUUUAUGGUAUAUAACAUGAUGUCUUGAAUUAUGUACAUAUUUUGGGAGAUAAUUAGCUAAAUCGAGCUAAUUAACAUUGGGCAUUCCUUCACAUACUUAUCAUUUUGUGUGUGUGGCGAGAACACUUAAAAUCUACUCUUAGUAAUUUUCAAGUAUACAAUACAUUGUUAUUAGCUAUAGACAUCAAGUUGUACACUAGAUCUCUUGAACUUAUUCCUCCUAACUGAAAUUUUGUAUCCUUUGACGAAUAUCUCCCUAACUCCCCCAACUUUGCCCCCUACCAGCCUCUGGUAACCACUAUUCUACUCUCUACUUUAAUGGAUUCGAACCUUUUAGAUUCCACAUAUAAGUGAGAUCAUGCAGUAUUUGUCUUUCUGUGAGUAUAGGCCCAAUUUUUAAAAUCAAGCCUAAAACCUUACAGACAUUCAUGUGAAAAAAAACAACCACCAUCAGUUAGUUAGGACCAAUGAUCUCUUUGUGAGAAUGGCUAAAAACCAAAGCUAAAUCCUCAGCAAAAAAACAAGAGCCUUCACCCGCAUACUCUGACUUCCUCUUACUCUCUUUUUCAAGAUCUCUGCCCUCACAAAUAAAAAGUAUUCACAUUUCUCAUAUCUUAUAUUUUUAUAGCCUCAUAAAACACAGAGGUGAAUAGAAACGCAAUGCUGCCUGACUUCACUGAAGGACAGGCUGUCAUUAAUGAAUCCAACGUCAAAUUGUCAAAUUUACUCUAAUUUUGCCAGUUUAUCCCAGUCCAUGCCUUAACACAACCUACAGUAAGCUUGCUCACUUUGCUGGGCUGAGUAUAUCUGCUGACUGAAUUUGUAGUCAGAUUUGCUAAUUUACAAGGCUGGCCUUGCUCUAAAGGUAUAAUUUUUUGUUUCUUUGUUUUCUUUGUAGACAGAGUCUCACUCUGUCGCCCAGCCUGGAGUGCAGUGGCAUUAUCUUGGCUCACUGCAACUUCCACCUCCCAGGUUCCAGCGAUUCUCCUGCUGCAACCUCCUGAGUAGCUGAGAUGACAGGCACACCACCACACCCAGCUAAUUUGUGUAUUUUCAGCAGAGUCAGGUUUUUGCCAUGUUGGCCAGGCUGGUCUCAAACUCCUAAUCUCAAGUGAUCCAUGAUCCACCCACCUUGGCCUCCCAAAGUGCUGGGUGACAGGCGUGAGUCACCCGCCCAGCCUAAAGAAUCCUGUGAAGCAGCUCCAGCUAUGUGUGAAGAAGAGGACAGCACUGCCUUGGUGUGUGACAAUGGCUCUGGGCUCUGUAAGGCCGGCUUUGCUGGGGAUGAUGCUCCCAGGGCUGUUUUCCCAUCCAUCGUGGGACGUCCCAGACAUCAGGGGGUGAUGGUGGGAAUGGGACAAAAAGACAGCUAUGUGGGUGACGAAGCACAGAGCAAAAGAGGAAUCCUGACCCUGAAGUACCCGAUAGAACACGGCAUCAUCACCAACUGGGACGACAUGGAAAAGAUCUGGCACCACUCUUUCUACAAUGAGCUUCGUGUUGCCCCUGAAGAGCAUCCCACCCUGCUCACGGAGGCACCCCUGAACCCCAAGGCCAACCGGGAGAAAAUGACUCAGAUUAUGUUUGAGACUUUCAAUGUCCCAGCCAUGUAUGUGGCUAUCCAGGCGGUGCUGUCCCUCUACGCCUCUGGACGCACAACUGGCAUCGUGCUGGACUCUGGAGAUGGUGUCACCCACAAUGUCCCCAUCUAUGAGGGCUAUGCCUUGCCCCAUGCCAUCAUGCGUCUGGAUCUAGCUGGCCGAGAUCUCACUGACUACCUCAUGAAGAUCCUGACUGAGCGUGGCUAUUCCUUCGUUACUACUGCUGAGCGUGAGAUUGUCCGGGACAUCAAGGAGAAACUGUGUUAUGUAGCUCUGGACUUUGAAAAUGAGAUGGCCACUGCCGCAUCCUCCUCCUCCCUUGAGAAGAGUUACGAGUUGCCUGAUGGGCAAGUGAUCACCAUCGGAAAUGAGCGCUUCCGCUGCCCAGAGACCCUGUUCCAGCCAUCCUUCAUCGGGAUGGAGUCUGCAGGCAUCCACGAAACCACCUACAACAGCAUCAUGAAGUGUGAUAUUGACAUCAGGAAGGAUCUCUAUGCUAACAAUGUCCUAUCAGGGGGCACCACUAUGUACCCUGGCAUUGCCGACCGAAUGCAGAAGGAGAUCACGGCCCUAGCGCCCAGCACCAUGAAGAUCAAGAUCAUUGCCCCUCCGGAGCGCAAAUACUCUGUCUGGAUCGGUGGCUCCAUCCUGGCCUCUCUGUCCACCUUCCAGCAGAUGUGGAUCAGCAAACAGGAAUACGAUGAAGCCGGGCCUUCCAUUGUCCACCGCAAAUGCUUCUAAAACACUUCCCUGCUCCUCUCUGUCUCUAGCACACAACUGUGAAUGUUCUGUGGAAUUAUGCCUUCAGUUCUUUUCCAAAUCAUUCCUAGCCAAAGCUCUGACUCGUUACCUAUGUGUUUUUUAAUAAAUCUGAAAUAGGCUACUGGUAA